UAGCUUAUAUAUGACAGUGUAACCUCUCGUGGCAAAGUUCAUCCCCUGACAUCCUAAUUUGUCAAUCCAGUAAACUCGAGAGGCCAUUUUUCUACGUCAGAGAGCACAGGCUUGUCAAAAAUGCUGCAAGGCAGCGCAACUUGUAUUGUUACUGUUCUCCUAAAAUAACAAGUCUUCACUGUUUUCAUGUUGUAUUUUAGUAGGAGACAGUGGUACUUUCGUAUUCUAAAUAUUUAAGAUCAAUAUUUUAGGAAAUUACUUUAAAUUACAACAGAGGAAUAUAUAUAUUAGAUUUUACGGUUACAAAAGAAUUUGAAAUCGUUUUUAAAUACUAACAACUCAGGCGCCGUUACAAUGAUACCAAACAGUGCCUUGCUGGUACCAGUGUUACUAUGCUACUGCCAUGCACUGUCGCUUGGGCAGAAAAGACUCCCCGGUUUUAUGCCGGGAACCUCGCCUGCCGUCCCAAAUCUCGCUCUCGACAUGUGCCAGAGACAAGCUGUUGCCAAACAGCUGAAUAUUUCUAGAAGCGGAAAGCACGCAGAACCAGUGUAUAAAUGGUGCACUGUGUACGAGGGCGUGCUCCCGUGUCUCGGAAGAACAUUGCCAACAGCAAACAGCGCCAGUGACUGGUACCUGAAACUCAUCUAUAACCAAACAAUGGCAUCGAAAAUGUCAAACAGUCUGUGCCAGAGAUUUCCAUAUAUCUCAAACCUGACUUGCGUUGAUAAAGAUAUGUCAGCGGUUGGCCAAUGUAUGCAGUGGACCACAAAGUCGGCUACAGAUCAUUUCUAUGGACACUUUUUGCCUCGUCAACCUCUAACGGUGCAAAAGAAGAAAAUGGCCGCUAUUUACGCAUGCAUCAUUUCGGUGGCUACAGCCGGCUGUUUCCAUAAGGAGCUGAAGAGUUGUUCGGAACCUAAAAGAAAGUUGAUGUACGACUUUUACAUAAUGUUGUCAGGAAAAUGCCGAGAUAUUGCCGGGAUUCCACAAACAACCUCAAUAUCUCCCCUUGUUGCCGGGAAAUCUUCAACAGCACGGGUACCACAACCAGUGGCUAGUGCUCCAGAAAAUCUGCUUUCAGAAAUGUCUAUCCUAGGAACAGGGAUGGCUAGCAUGGAAACAAGAAAACCAACCGUGGCGUCCGGAAUCUCUUCUUCAACGGUUACGGAGUCUACAAAUAAGAUUUCUUAUCCUGACAAUGGUUCCCCGUCACGGACUGUAGACUUACUUUCCACUGUGGCCCUUGUAGCGUCUUGUCUCACUUUGAUUAGACUGUCUUAGAUAAUGGGAUAUCCGCAGUAACUUUAUACAUAAAGCAGGGAUGUAACAAAUGAAAGUGUUCACGCAUUCUAACAUGAGAGGUGCUAUGUGUAUAUAUAGUUGUAUAAAUGUAAGAAAUUGUACCGUUUUCGAAAGAAUGUGACGCUGUCAAGUAUCUCACGUAAAUAACGAAAGGUUCGCUUUUGUUUAACAGAUGUACUUUAUUGUAAAUUGGUA